AUGCUGCAGCGCUCCAAAGGUUUACCUAUAGAUCGCGAUAAGGAUUUCUUAUCUAUUGAUUACAUAAUGCGUAGUUUUUUUUCCCGACUUUUUAGAUCCCCAUAUUCAACUCUUUGCAACUGCCCACCGAUUUGCACGAGUUAUGAUCGUUUAAAUUGCAGAACUCGUCAUUCAACACAGCACGACUCCUCCAGUCUAAGAUUCUACAAAAUGGCGGCGAAUCAGUCAGCGCGCCAACAAAAACGGUCCCGGCCCAGCGAUGCGGCCGAGAAGCCUGCCCGGUCAAACGACGAGCGAUCCAAGAAGCGCCGAGUUUCCGGGGCCAAUGAAAGCAAGAAUCCUCAAACGACCAAAGAAUCCAAAGCCGUGAUGGUCUCCAGUGGUGAUAUCCAAAGCGAUGCUGAGGCCAAGCAAAAAGCCCCCGCGCCGUGGUCUUUCUCUCGCCCUAUUGGUGGUCGUUACACCAACUUGGACCCCAUUUUGACCGAGGACGAGACAUCGCUCCUGGUUGGGCUCGACACAGCUGUUCAAGUAAUCGCAACUUCCACCUCUCGCAUUACCCGUACAAUCCAACUGGAGGCUGGCCAAACGAUUGUCGGACUCAAUAUCUGCCCACAGGACCACGAGAACCUCUAUGUGUUCACAUUGUCGGGAUCUAUCAGCAAGUGGAACUGGACCACAGGAAAGCGGAUUGCGCGCUGGGAAACCACAUCUAAGACCAUUGCGACGAGCUUGGCCUCCAUUGGAAAGGAGGGACAAAAAUCCUCCUUAUGUUACUCUAUCAUCUCGUCCAAGGGUGGAAAGCGCCAAAUUUCUGUCAGCCCUCUUGGCGAUGAAAAGAUCCAAGGUACCACUAUUCUCGAGACUUCCCAAAGACUCACUUUUAUCAAGGUGACCGGUAACGGCCGUGUGGUUCUUGCAAGUGAUGGAAGUCACCUGUUUCUGGGCACUACAAAUGGCUCAGGGCUCGAAAAUCUCCAAAAUGUGCAGUACAACUGGCGCGAGGUAGUCCUUCCUGUCCAGGCUGCUAGCUUUGACAUCAAGGGCUCGGAAUCAAUCGAUUUAGCUGUAGGAGCGACUACUGGCCCUAUUCUGGUCUACCAAAACAUUCUGGACACACUCUUUGGCAAGGAAAGCGGCGACAAGAAGGCCGCACCCAGGAAGCUGCACUGGCAUCGAGAAGCUUGCAACACUUUGCGUUGGUCCAAAGAUGGCAACUACAUCAUCUCUGGCGGUAAUGAGUCGGUCAUGGUUCUCUGGCAGUUGGACACUGGCCGCAAAUCCUUCCUCCCCCAUCUUUCUUCCCCCAUUUGCAACAUAGUUGUCUCAGCGAGCGGCAGCUCUUACGUUGUUAAGCUAGCCGACAACUCCAUCAUGGUCCUAUCAACAAGAGAAUUGCAGCCUAUUGCCUCCAUCACAGGGCUGCAAUUGUCUCCGGACACCGGGGCCUCGGUUGGUUCGGUCGUGGCAAAAAUCCAUCCUCAACAACCCGAGAGACUGUUCGUCUCUGUCCCAGCUUCUCACCAAUUCACCCAAAGCCAAAAUGGCUCUCAGUCGGCCAACGCGGCUGUACUCCAGACCUAUGAUAUCCGCGCAAACUCGAGCAUUUCUCGCCAAGCUCUUGCGCGCACUAAUGCCACAACAUUGAACAUCGGCCCAGAAGGCACUCAUGUUAUUGCACCUGAUGUCAAGCACUUGGACAUCGUGCAUGAUGCCAAGUGGCUCGCGACAGUCGAUACCUGGGCUCCGCACACCCAGGAUGUGGAGGCUCUUGAUCGCAAGGCUGCGGCCACCCACCAGGAAGUCUUUUUGAAGUUCUGGAAGUGGGAUGCCUCAUCUGACACAUGGGAACUGGUCACUCGUGUUGAUGGACCCCACUUCUCUGCCAACCACCAUGCCACCGUUCUCGGUCUGGCCUCCCGCCCAGGCGUCCACGAGUUCGCCACCCUAGGUGCGGACUCUACCCUUCGAUUCUGGUGCCCAACUGUCAAACAUCGCAGUGGCCUCAGGGCCAAGGACCAGCCCGAACAGCAGCUUAACACUUGGAAGUGCCGAGGUAUCGUCGAUCUCAAGGGCUGUCUUGACACUGCCCAAGAUUCAUCCUUGAAGUCUGCUUGUAUGUCAUUCUCUGAGGAUGGCUCCGUCUUGGCCGUUUGCCUGCCCGCAACAUCGGCAGCCAACGACGGCCUUGUUCUCCUGAUCGACGCUCGCGAAUGUUCUGUGCACUAUCGCCGAACAGGCGUCUUCCUAGGAAACCCUUGCUCUACCAGUUUCCUGGGAGGCCAACUAAUCAUCGCGUCCACCCACUCAGUCGUUGCAUGGAAUGCGGUGGACGACGUCGUCCGCACCAUCCAGUCAUCUGACUCUGUCGAUUCGCAGGGCACUGAAAACACCAUGAUUGCCGUGAAUGCGCGCACCAACUCCCUCGCGAUCACUUCUGCCACAGCCCACAAGAAGAAGAACAAGGCUCGAUUCGAAAUCAAGAUCUAUGACGCUUCCACCUUCGAAGUCGUCUUCCAGGAAGCUCUCAAGAGCGCACCCGUUUCACUGCUCGCGGAUGCUUACUCAGGCGACUACAUUGUUCUCGAUUCCGCCGCCACCGUGCAGCGCCUUGGUUGCCUAGACAAGGCCUCUCAGAAGAGCCAGAAUAACCAGUCCCGUGAUGUGACUGGACAAAUCGACAGCGGGUUGUCAACUCUCUUUUCGCGGACAGAAAAGCCUGCCCAGGCCCAAAUUGAGGACGUGGCUGAUUUCUCUGCCCAGACAAAGGGUCUGGCUGGUGUGUUUGGCGAGACUCCUUCGUUCUCUCUGCCUGCUAUUGGUGUCCUCUUCAGGAACGUGGUUCAGACCCUCGGUUCAAACUAA